CAGCAAAAUUAUGUAUUAAUGAUAUAGUUUUAUUUAAAAAUUUAGAAAACUCUCAUAAGAAUGAUAAAGAUACAAUAACUUAUAAACUGACAUAUAAAAUUAUUAAAGACAAAAUUACUCUUUUCUUCAUGGAUGUUUUAUCACUAGGAGAUUACACUUUAAAUAUAAAAUAUUAUGAGAUUAAUAAAAGUUUCUCAAUUUUUAACGUGAAAAAAAAAGAUAUUUGGAUAGCUACUACGCAUUUCCAGAUAACUGGCCGAUUGUCUCCAUGUCAGGAUCAACAGGAGUCAUUGUUAGAAACAACCUUUAACAUUUCUAUAGGAUGUAAUCAAUGCACAGCUUUGUCAAAUAUGCCAAUGCAAAAUACGGAAAAAAAUGAGCAUAAUAUAUUAUGGACACACUUCGAUACCACACCUGCAAUAUCGCCCUAUCUUGCAACACUGAUUGUGUCUAAUGACCUAUUACAUAUUUAUAAUGACACUUCAAACAUUCAAAUGUGGUGCAGAAACGAAUCUAGAUUUCACCUGGAAUUUGCAAAAAAUUUAGCUGAAAAUAUCACGUUGUUGUUCAAAAAUAAAUGGUAUCAACGUUCGAAAAAUAUUUCAAAUGUGACUCAUGUUGCAAUUCCAAAUUUCCAUGACAAUGACAUAACACUUUUUGGACUUGUUAUUUAUAAGGAAACAGAUAUCAUCAGCAGUAAAGGUUUAUAUCCCGUUGCUCACGACAUCGAAAUAGCUCAGUUAGUAGGAUGUAAAGUGGCACAAGAAUGGUUUUAUGAUCUAAUGAACAAUCAGUCAGAAUUGUGGCUUAAUAAAGGUCUUAUUACAUUGAUUGCAACGUAUGGUGUUAAUAAGAUUUAUCCAGAUAAUCGAAUAAUAAAUUUAUUUGUUGUUCAAAAUCAACAUAUUUCUUUUUAUUUGGAUGGUGAUUUUCAUACGUGGAAUUCUACUUCAUCAGAUGACAAUUUAUUGACAAUUCGCAAAUUCAUCAGAGGUAUAACGUAAUAUAAUAAAA